UAACCAACGAGGGUGAAACAAAAGCCGACGCCGUCGUUGGUGCUCAAACCUUUCGCCCGCAGCACAAAACCUCCUCCUUUUUACACACCCAGCCUCCCCGCCUGAAACCCAAUUUCAGCGGCGCCAUCAUCUCCGCCGCAGCCUUCCACUUUACGCAUUGCAGAUGGAUCAAAUGGAGGCGCCAAUUCUAGAUGCCUUCGACGGUGGAACAGUAGAUUUUGCCGCCAAUGGUGCAGAAGCAGAGUCUUUCAAGCACCGGGUUGAUGAAAUUUUCGUAAAUGUUGAUAAGCUCGAGGAAAGAGUGAAUGACAUAGAGCAGUUUUACGCGACUACGAGUAAAAAGAUGCCAAAUGCGUGUAAAAGUAGCUCAACUGCAAAGGAUAAAGAUCAGACAAAACAUGUUCCAAGUAUUAAGAAGCAGCAGCAAGAUGCAGCAUGUAGGGAAGCAGCUGCUGCUAAGAGAAUGCAGGAACUUAUGCGCCAGUUUGGCACGAUAUUGCGUCAGAUUGCUCAGCACAAGUGGGCGUGGCCUUUUUUGCAGCCUGUAGAUGUAGAAGGUCUUGGUUUAGAUGACUAUUAUAAGGUGAUUGACAAACCAAUGGAUUUAGGCACUAUUAAAAAUCAAAUGGAGGCCAAAGAUGGUACUGGAUAUAAACAUGUUCGGGAGAUAUUUGCUGAUGUGAGGUUGGUUUUUAAAAAUGCGAUGAAGUAUAAUGAUGACAGAAGUGAUGUUCAUGUUAUGGCCAAAACUUUGAUGGCAAAAUUUGAGGAGAAGUGGCUCCAGUUUCUGCCUAAAGUUACGGAGGAGGAAAAAAGGCUAGAAGAGGAGGAGGCAGAAGCACAGUUAAAUAUGCAACUUGCUGAAGAUGCUGCUCGUGCCAAAAUGGCUAGAGAUUUAAGUAACGAGCUUUAUGAGAUUGAUAUGCAUUUGGAAGAACUCCGCGAAAUGGUUGUUCAGAAGUGCAGAAAAAUGUCUACUGAAGAGAAGCGAAAGCUUGGGGUAGCCCUUACCAGAUUGUCGCCUGAGGAUCUUAGCAAGGCAUUGGAGAUUGUUGCGCAAAGUAAUCCAGGUUUCCAGGCUACUGCCGAUGAGGUGGACCUUGACAUCGAUGCUCAGACUGAGUCUACCUUGUGGAGGUUGAAGUUUUUUGUGAGGGAUGCUAUUGAAGUUCAAAGCAAGAGUCCAGCAAGCAUGGGCGGCAACACCAACAACGCUAAUAACCACAACAGUGGAAACAAAACUAACAACAUCAGCAACGCUACUAAUAAGCGAAAAAGAGAGAUUUCUGAUGCGAUCGUCAAAACUGCCAAGAAAAAGAGUAAAAAGCCAUCUCCUUGAUCAUGCUGUGCCAUGGGAGAGAACAUUAGGUUGCGCUUUCUGUCUUUUUAUUUUAUUUUCAUCGAUUUUUGUUCUGGCAACUUAAUUUUUUCGCAUUUGACCAAGUUUUGUUCGUAGUGCUUCAUUUCACAUUUUAGUUUAUGCAUCAUCUAAUGACUUAUGAGUGGUGUAUGUAAAUCUGUAUGAUCUCCUAGUCCUAGACAUGAUCGAAUUUGGGAACAAUGUGAAUCUACAAGUUGGACGUACGGUUCUUAUAUAUAUAUAAAUUUCCAGUCGCAUAAUGUUUCGUA